CACCUUGACGUGGUGAGAGGGCUCAGUACCCGGAGGAUAUACACGAAAAGAACGGUUUUUCUCAAGUAUCUAAAAAUCUAUCUGAAUAUAUCUAGAUAUAUCUAGAUAAAUUCUUAGAUAUUGAGUAAAAUCGUUUUCUUCGUGUAAAAAUCCAACGAUGGGGAAGCUAACGUACCCUCGUCCGCCGAUUUAAUUGAGAGUGAACGAACCGCAGCCGGUUCGUCGCGUCGCGCGUUUGCUUCGGGAGUGCCGUUAAAAUUAUCGGACUAAUGGACUUUUAACAAAACCCAUUUGAUGGAAUUCUACUUCGGCGAUGAAAUCAUAUCUACGACGUUUCGACAGGAAAGCGGAACUCUCAUUGAGACGUUGCUGAGGUGGUCACGGUCACUGCAACGCUCUCACACCAAGUGCCCGGGCACAAGGUGAUGCUGGCCGCGUAAUGUCACGCACUUCGUGGUGCGUGUUCGCGCGGUUUAGCAACUACGUGUUGCUGUCGGCUAAUUGAGGACGCGCUCUGUCUGUCGGCCAACAGUUCGGCCCUUAACGAUAAGAAACAAUCGAUCGACUCGGAUUCUUCUCUGGGUCUGUAUUCGAUAACUCGAGUUAUGCAGUCGUUAUCCACAUAACGAUUACAUAACGAGUUAUAGAAUUUCGCCCUGGUGGGUCGCCCAAAAAGGAGUUGUAUAACUCUGGUCAGGGCGCUCAUUUCUCUGUCAUUAUCUACUAGCCUAAAUCACAUUUAAUCUGACUUGGUCAGAGCCUAGCUCUAGUAGUUUUUUUAAAAAAAACUAGCUUCGUGCCGAGGGCUUGGAUCCCAUUUCUGAAUUGUCUAGAUUGUUAGACAAUCGGCGAUGGUACCAACUUUACUCUUAUUAGAGGAGCUCGUCACGUCUACCAGUCUCUUGGAAUCGCUCGAGGUACAGCACCACUUGUGUCCCACUAGAACUAGCAGUUAGGGCGUAUGACUGAGUCAAUUUUAAACGUGAUUUUGCGUAAAACAGAGGUGACGGGCUCGAUACGAUCGAUUUCGUCUUCUUUCGUGUGGGGUUUAACCCUUGUUCGGCAUUCAUCGUGUGUUUCGCAAGUACUUGUCGACGUGUGGUGUUGAUUCCACCGAACGAAAUGACAAUCUUAUCAUGGGUUUUGUAAACGUAAAUACCGCAGUGUCGCGCGAAAGACUUUUACAAAUAAUUAGUCCGCGCGCGAUUAUAGUAUAUUAUACGCGAGUGUUUUACGCGAGUGUCCUGUGCGAGAGGAUGUCAACCCACUUCUGAGAGGAGGAGGAGGUCUAGCAGAGGCAUCGGGCACCGGCGGAGCAACCUUGGAUAUCAUCGUUGCUAAAUAACUUCGUUACGCAUCUGAUCGGUCUCGUGAAUGAACGCGAGAUGGACGUCUGAAUCGAAGCCGUCAUGGCCCCGUUUCUAUUGAUCCUGCCAUUGCUGGCAUCGCUGCGCUACCUGAUACAGCCAAUCGAUGGCGUAAUUGAACGAGGCGAUUCGAUAAAAGAGACCGACCCAGUUGAUCCUCGUGCGAGGUCAAAAUUCAUCAAAGAUGUUUUAGCACAAACUGGCGGAAACGCACUGCUGCCCUGCCAAUUCAACAGUCCUGGAAUAGUAACGUGGAUAAGGAGAAAAGACAGACAACUGCUUACAGUGGGUAGAAGCACACAUUCUAUAGACACGCGUUUCGUUGUCUCAAACGGUCCUGGCUGGAAUCUACUGAUUAAAAACGUGAAUCACGAAGAUGCAGGUCUUUACGAAUGUCAGAUUCAGACGGAACCAAUGCAACAGCGAUUCAUACGAUUGAAUAUCACGGAAGCGUACUCGGUAAUACCGGGUGGACCGGAUCUCCACGUGAAGCAAGGUUCCAGCCUGCGUUUGGAGUGCCAGUUGAUGGCAGCCGCAGAAUCGCCCAACUACGUGUUUUGGUAUCGCGAGACGCGCAUGAUAAACUACGACAACGAGCCCGGCGUUCGAUUCGAGCUUAAGGGAAACGGCUCCGUAUUCAUCGUGGAGAAGGUGAAGCUCUCGCAUGGUGCGAAUUACACAUGUUUGCCGAACAACGCCAGACCGGCUCACAUUGUGCUACAUGUCAUUGAAGAGGAAGAGAAAUCGGCGGCCAUGCAUGGAGGCGAUCGACGAAAUUCCACGGCGACUACGUCAACCAACACCAUACUGAUUCUCGUGGCUCUCCUGAUUAUUAAAAAUACUCGAUUCUAGACAUCUUGUCGAACUCAUGUAUCGAAAAAUCACAUUACCUUUAGUUCAUCUCACGAGCUGAAACUCUCUGACGAUGAAAUCCAAACGUUCGUAAAAGAAGAUGUGACAGAUUCCGCGUGGGAUCAAAGAAAAACCUAUUUGCGAGUAAACUUAAAGCGAGAGAUUCAACUGUAGACAGUUUUCCGAGAAUCUCUGUAUCCCCAGUGGCAAAAUCUAAGGAGAACUACAAAGUUUCACGUAAUCAUGUAACUUUCGUUUAAAGAAACGUCUUAUCCAAGUGACACUACUUGAUAGAAACUCUGCUUCAACUCGUAACGAGUGAAUAAUAUUCGUGGAAUGAGAUUUGGCCACGUCUUUCAACGUGGACGAAUUUGCUCGCGAACUUUAAGAACCAAGUUGCUCGUGUCGUUGGUCAUCAUAAACUUUCGCGUAUUGAAACAAUUUUUUUUCCGUGAAAUCUUAUAGUUUCUGCUUACAUUAAGAUGUCUUU